UCUAUUUCCUCGUGGUGUCCAUUUCCCUUAAAGAUAAGUAGGUGCCCUUAUAUAGUAGUACAACAGGUACAGCUAGUACAGGUUCAGAGAUAUUGAGCAAGAAGGAGUCGUGGUCUUGUUUUUGAUGCGGCACAUCAGAUUUUGUUGUUUUGGUCCUUAGAAGUAGAAGUUUCUUUUUCAUCAUGAAGUUUCAUGGCCAUAUUCAUCUUGUUGUUUUUCCCCUGUUCGGCCAUAUUCAUCCUGUUGCUUUCAUGUACUUAAACUGGUGUUUGUGAUGUACGUACUCUAGAAACAAGCUAUUUGAUCUACGUACUCCAGAACUAGAUCAUUCGUUCAUCUUUCUGUGUUGUUUGCUAACUAGACCCAACAUACUAAAGCUUCAAUUUUUCUUUACUCCCCCAUGAUGUUGAUGUGCACCAUGAUAACCAUGCAUAACUAUAAUGAUGUAGUUACAAGAACCAACAUGUCGUCAUCGUCCUCUAUGUCCUUUUUGUGGCUGAUGGGAUCACAGUCGUUUUUGUGUUGCUGAAGCUGGGCGUGUCUUGCUCGAGUGGGACAGCCACUACAGCCCUCAGUAGACCAACUUGCUAGAGGACCGAAAAAUAAGGAACGAGAUUGGGAGAACCACAACCACUAUCCGAGCAAGGCACUAGAGGGGAAUGCUCCCGUGUGAGACCAGAGAACAACCACAUAUGCUGUUAUUAAGGCUACAAGAAAUCCAUCUUCACGCGCAUCCUGAGACCGUUUAUUUUCAAGGGGAAGUAAAAGGUUCUUCUAGGAUGCGUUUCAAGAUGGAUUUCUCUUCGGUCUAAGAUAGAUACGACCCUUCUUCCUCAGAGGGGUAGCACUGAUAAGUAAGUACCUUCGUUCUGAGGAGGUCGUACCUUCGUUCCGAGGAACAGAAGAUAAAAGUACGGCGUCUUCGUUCUUCUACAGGUAAAAAGAGAGUACCUACCCCAAGUCUCAGUGGAC